AUGAUGCGUUUGCGCAUGUCUUCUUUUUUUCCUUUUUCUUUCCUUUUUUUACUUUUUCUUUCCUUUUUUCCUACUACAAUUUAUUUUCUAUUUCUGCUGCUGCUGAUCAGGCACGGUGGAUUCUUUUCUCUUUCUUUCAUUCCUUUUCCGUACUUUUUGUCUUCUGUUUUCAUCCGUACUUUUUCUCUCUCAUCCAUUCCUUUACUUUCUUUCCUUCUCCUUUAUUCGCCACUUACCUUUCUCGUUGAUUCUCUUCUUUUCGUUAUUUACUUUUCAAUUCUUCCAUUCUCUUUUUUACUUUCAUUUGCUAUUCACACUUUCUUCUUCUUCUUCUUCUUCUUCUUCUUCUUCUUCUUCUCUCUCUCUCUCUCUCUCUCUCUCUCUCUCUCUUUAAUUCACUUAUUUAAAUUUCUUUUUUUCCCUAUUUGCCCGUUUUCUUUUCUCUUUCGUUCAUUCGCAUCAUUUCAUUCCUCUCUUCUAACUUCACCUGUAUUUUUUCUCUCUUUCUUGUCAGCUUCUUUUCUUUCCUUCUCUUAUCUAUCUGUCUCCCUUUCACUCUUUCGAUUCUUUUUAUUUUUUUAUUCUCUUCUCUACUUUUGUUCUUAUGAAUCUCUACCUUCAGUUGAAGAUAUCGUUUUAUCAAAAGGGACGGAUAUUAGUGUACACUUGGAUUAUCACCAGUUUCCUAAAUAUGAAUCAGAAACCAAUAACGGAAUACUGGCAGUGACAGAUCAGCUGACUUCACCCAAAGAAGCUCUGUCGACUAUGCCAAGUGGUACGACGAUGUUUCUAAACGAACACCCCCGUUUUGAGACGGACUAUCGAUACAAUCCUUUUAGUAGUGCAGGUAACGUUGGCGGUGAACCUUUGGACACAUCAAACCCAAAUGCAAGGAUCGUCGAGAAUUCAAGCAUGACACAAUUUCCGUUGAAAACUCAAAUGCACUUACAAACAAAAUCACCAUUCGGCUUGAAAACUCUCAGCUUCGAGAAGAAUCCAAAACAAUUUCCAUUUUUUGACCCGGAUCUCACUUGUUGCUCACCACCCCAGCCUCCACCCGAAAUCGAUGAACAACUCCCGAAACACUUACAGGGUCAUCAUCAGAAUGACACCGAUUGUCUUCAUGCCAAUAAUAUCAACAACUCAAUUACUGGUUGCCCAAUCGACUCAAAUAAACCAAAUUUGGAUAAGGUGGUUGAUAUCGAGAACAGCAAGAGUAUCUGUAACCCAAACGAGCAGAAUAAUACGAAAACUGAAGCUGAAUCUGGAGAAGCAGACAGUGACCCGACAGUAGACACCACAACGCAAUCACACGGUGAAGAAGGUCAAGAGAACUGUAACCAAACCAAAGAUUCUUCAGUCGAUUGCGUAAAACCAGCCCUUUCUUACAUCGCUUUGAUAGCUACGGCCAUACUAGAAUCGUCGCAACAGAGACUUAGUCUGGGUUCGAUCUACUCAUGGAUCGAAACUAAUUAUCCUUAUUAUAGAAACCGGAGCCAAGGUUGGCGAAAUAGUGUUCGUCACAAUCUCUCUCUGAACGACUGUUUUGUGAAAGCUGGUCGCUGUGAAGAUGGUAAAGGCAAUUAUUGGGCCAUCCAUCCGGCUAAUGUUCAGGACUUCAUGAGGGGUGACUUUCGACAGAGACGCCGUUCGAGGAGACGAGGUCGUAAAUCUAAUCCUUGUGACCUUAAUAUUUACCCUAGUGGUUAUCUGCAUAGUCCUUCCGGGUUAGGUAUGACCCCACAAGCUCUUUCUACCUUUACACCUGCCCUAAACCCUAUUUAUUCACCAUACACGGAGGCAGAACGGCAGGCUUACCGGCUAGAUGAAGCUCUGCUACCCCAGUGCCCUCAGCAUCUUUCUCGUCAAAUGCGAAUGACUUCAAGGGGUCGGGUGCGCAGUGGCAGACCUAUCCAGAAAAAUCUAUUCACCAACUAG